AUGUCCCAGAUGCAGAUGGGAGUGCUGAUGCGCGAGCAGUGCGUUAUGCUCAAAACAUUUCUUCCCGGAUAUGUGCUCAUCAACUCGGGAACAGCGGAAGACAUAGCCAUUUUCUGGGAGUCUGUUUACUCCAAGUGGUUUGAAACCUGGCCUGAACAUGGUGCUAUUGAGUAUUGUCACUGGUUGACCCCCUUGUAUAUGACUUCUGACAAGGCAACUUUGCAUGCGUACUUUCCCAUCAGGAAGCCACGAAGGAACUGCGAACUCGCAACUCGGCCUCGUGCACAAAUAGGAAAGACCAAGGUACUAUUAGGAAGAAUGAGGGUGCACAUAACAACAUUUGCCCAUGUUUUUGCUUACCUAUCUAAAUAUCAUUGUCCCCCAGACGCGUUAAUAAAAAGUAGGCCACACCAGAACAAGAGGAAUUCCUCCUCAGUCAUUUUCCGGAAUUCCUGCACACAUGCCUUGAACAAGCACUACAAGUAUUUUUUGAAGUGUGUCGAAGUUGAAUGGUUCCAAUGUUGGCCCAAGUGCAAGGUGUCGUUCCCAGAAUUGCCAGCUGAGCAUGUCUACACGACCAAAGAAGAGGAGCAAGUCAGGGAUAUGCUCACCAUGCAAAAUGAGCAUGUCGCUCAGGCUGCUGAAAGAGGGGUGUUUAAAUUUGACGCCAUGUUAGCUGGGGGCGUCAAUCUGAAAGGAACACACGCACCACAGAAAAUCGACAUAUAUUCCAACAAAUACUACGACAAAAAGAUCAAGCACGCUGCAGACAAUGCGAUCAAAAAUGAACACAUUACCAAUAGAGGUCCAAAGUUGAACAAACACUGCGAGAUCACGUGCCAUAUGUAUUCAGACGAAAGUGAAGUCAUCAAAGCCAAGAUUGACAAGAAGUACAAAACAAUAAAGGUGAGAUAUACAAAACAACAUGAACACCGAAAGUCAGAGCUAUUCAUGAGCUCAGGCCCCAUGCUCGAUCGAGUCCUCAAGUACCUUGGACAUAUGACUGGAGGGUGGAAGUUUAGCGUGUUGAUGGGGGGUCAUGAUCCUAGCACAGGUGAAGUGUCAGUGUUUAACUACCAUGUAGGAGAAGUCGAAAGUGGUGUACAGUUUGACCAAGUGUACGACAAGUUUGACGUCGUGCAGAGCGCCUUCCUAGAAUUUGUCAAAAAGUCUAUUGCAUUCGAGUCUACGUUAUCAUGGGAGUCUGAGUCGGAGUCAGAGUCAGAGUCAGACACUGGACUAUUGUUGUUAGACAUGGACUCUGACAAGGAGUGGGGAAAGAGCGGUGGUGAGGGUGGGCAUAGUCAACUGCAGGAGGAUCCUGGGAACUACCUCUAUCGCAUGACUCCUCAAUCUGAUGAAGGGGCCGAUCUAUUUCCCGCCAUUAUUAAUGCAUCACCAACUACCACCAGUGAUGCAUCAUUCAACGUUGAAGCCACGGGCCACCUCACAACAAUGGACCACAUGGACCUUUUAGUACUCAAUCCUUUUCUGAACGACCCCAUCAUACAGGGUAGUAUAGAUUUUUCAGCAUUUGAUCCAUCAGUGUUCUCAGCUGUGAUCAACGAUCCGACCUUCAACAUCAACAUGCUCGGUUCCCCUCAGGUGCCUCCCGUGAAUUCACAUUGGGAUGUCGAGGACAACCCAUAUUCGUCAACUCCACAGACUCAAGAGGUCUUUCUUCCAUCUGUACAUAGUGAGGAAGGAGAGGAUAGCAAUGACCUCAACAACUCACCUGCUGUUCCCCAAGCCAGGUGCAGAAAUCAUUUCGAUGGAACUCAAGUGCCUGCACCGUCUGCAGAAGCCCCACAUCUGCAUGCACAUAACACUGUCCCGUUCAAUCCACGUGAAUGCGACAAUGAGAUUGGUACCUCAACUGUUGCUGAGAAGGGUAAGCGGAAAAAUGCUGAAGGCAACUACAGUUCACACAAGUACACACAUUCGUUUUCUGUUUCAACAAAAAUAUUUUCUUGA